AUGCACUCAUCGUUCCUCAUUGAGCUGCUACUCUUAGCUGCAUUGUCAGAUCAAACCUCACUCGCUCGCGAUAAACGUCAAUGUCCUUGUGCAGCACCGUUCGCCCCUUCCUGCAGCUGCUCACCAUCUCCUGCACCUCAAUGCGCCUGUAACGCGAUCGUUCCUACUCCGUCUUGCGCUUGUGGAGCUGAGACUCAAAUCACGGAAUGUCGUUCAUCAUGCCAGCAAAUCUGUCAACCAAUGUGUUCACAGGUUAUGCUUUCAUCCGCAUGCCCUUCAUUCUGUACCGGUACGUGCACAAGAGCGUGCUAUCCUCAACCGUACAUUCAACCGUUGCGUGUGGUUAUCCCAAGAUUUACCCCGAUCGGACAAUGUCCAGUGGUUUGCCAACAAUCUUGUCAAAAAGCAUGCUCAUCCUAUACUAUUUAUCCCUCAUGUAUGCCGAUGUGUGAGGAGACAUGCGAGGAAAAAUGUGUGCUAGCCUCUCCCAUUCAAAAACAAGUCGUUCUGGCUCAAUCCGUACCUCUAUGCGGACCUCCUUGUGCUCCAACAUGUGCUCCUCAAUGUCUCCGAACACAACUUGCGUGCACGGAUGCUUGCAUGCCGAGUUGCGAACCAGGAUGUGUUGCCGGACAACAGCUACGUGCCGACGAUUCAGUUACAAUGCCAGUUCUGAGUCCCGUACCAGAAAAUCCAGCAACUACAGUCAACGUAAAUGGUGGAGGACUAUUGUCUGGUAAUGAUCAAUCAUGUCCCGAAGCAUGUAUGCCAAAUUGUGAUCCACAAUGUCUUAUAGAUCUGUACAUGGCUAGUCCACUACCGCCAAGAACUAAAGCAUAG